CGUUGCUGAAAUGGACUGAAGAAGAAAAGAUGGACCACCUAGGACAGCAUGUGUUAUUGAGCCUAGGGCGGGACAUAAUGGCCAUUAUGGCUGCGAGCCGGUUUUGGAAGGAGACCCGGGAUGUGAUGAUGAGGAAAUACCUGGCAGCGGAGAAGAUGGCUACAGACGACGACUUAGCGGCAGUUCAAAGAAAGAACUGGGCAACGUACAAUGACUUCCUACGGGAGUUUACUCUGGUAGCACUAAGGAUCCCCGGGGUUAUGGCCCGAAUAAUGAGCAAAUACUUCCUCAGACAGUUCUCCGAGUUCGACAAAGACAAGAUUCUGUCGGCUUACCAGCAAACGAGCAAGUUCGUAAACACCAAGGAUGUUGAUUUUAGCACAGUAACGGAUCUGGCCGAAAAGACAGUAGUGACCGAGAUGUUGGCCUUGCUUAAGGAAGGGGAGGUCAUAAAUCUGACCGGUAGGACAGGCGACAAGGUAAAGAAGGGGAUUGAAAGUUUACAUGAACAGGUGCACGGAGUCGACAACAAGAUCGAAAGGGUGGAGAACGCACUGUUGGUUAUGCAGGUCAGCCCUAGGUUGCUCAAAGGGCUUAGACAACUGUUGACUCGGUGGCGAGUGGAGAUAAACGAAAACCCUGAAGCAUCGGAAGAGGAAAGAGAGGAGAAAGCUCCGCAAGAAGUCGCAAACCUUCAAAGGAGUAGAGGGGAUUUAGAGGAUCUGGAGAAAGCCUUUGCGAACAUCUGCUUGAGCUUACCAGACCGAGAAGGUGGCGAGGUCAUGAGGGCACCUCCCGGGACAAAGCUCAGCUUCCAUGCGCUACCCGUAGGGAAGUUGAAAAUCCAGAUCGGGACUCAUCAUACCGACGCAUUAGUAGACGGGGGAGUGGAAAUCACUCUCAUAAGGAGGGAUUUCACAACGAUCACGGGUUGUACGGUAAAUAAGGAAGUAACAAGGAGCAUCUGGGGAGCCGGUGGGGAAAUUUCGUUCGUUGGGUAUGUCACGAAGUGCGCAGUCAAGGCAGGCGUCAGGGAAUUGAUCUGGUCGUUUCAGCGGAUUACCGUAAUGGAGGAAAUGGAUCACGACAUUAUCCUCGAGAGGCCAUGGUGCGCAAACGUAGAAAUGAUAGGCAUGCACUUGCACGAUGGCACGUACAUGGUAGAUAUAGAGGACCCAGUGACCGGCCGGGGAUACGACCAACUUUCAUUGGAUGUUCGGGACAGGCCGUACACCGCUAUGCACACCCCCGUAGGCCAGUUGCAGAUGCAAGUAACCGCUAUGGGCUUCACAAACGUGGUAGCCGAAGCGCAACGGAGAAUGCUCACUGUAGCCGGGGACAUGUUCCCAGAGAAGUGCGAGCCCUACAUCGAUGACAAUCCGAUCAAAGACGCGCAGGAGAAGGAUGAGACGGAAGUCCAGCCAGGAAUCCGAAGGUUAGAUGAUGAUCCACGAAUGACCAAGGAAGAGUUAAUCGAGGCAAGGUGUCAACAAGUCCUGAAGAACGAAGAAGUCAUGAAAGACAUCGCCAACCAGGUGCUAGACAGCAGAAUGAGGGACAAAGCAAGGCCAACCGGAGGGGAAGAAGCAGGACCAAGUCGAGGGAGGAGGACGACAAAGAGAAAGUUGUACAUUGGGCUCAUAGCCGGGCCAGUGGUAGGCAGGGGGGGAAGAAAGUGCAUAUGUAGAAGACCCUCGCCCCUCCGAGAAGGAGAAGGUAUAGAAAUCUCAUCUGAAAGUGAGGGCGAGAAGGAAAGGGCAAAUGUGGGAGAAGGACGCAAAGCGGACAUGGGAGACAAGACACAGGCCUCUGACGAGGGAGGAGCCAACAGGGGUGAACAACAUGAGUCUCGGCAUGGGGAAAGCGAGGGGAGACAGGACAUGCGCAACGAGCAUGAGGAGGGUGAGGAGAGAAGGGAAAACCCGCUUGAAGGACGAAGCGGCCACGACAGUUGUGAGGGGCAUGAGACAAGGAUAGAGAUUCCUUAUACAUACGAUCCAAAGAACCUAACGGGAGAAUAUAGCCCCAUACAGACGGAAGAAGAGGAGGAUGAGGAGGAGGAUGUACAAGAGAUCAUAGAAAUCAGCAGCGGGGAUGAGAGGGAUGAAAUCUCGAGGCCUAGGGAAGAGAGGCGGUCUCCGAUGCACCAGCCGCGCGAUGAGGUCUUCAGAUGGGAGGAUGAGUUUGGGUCAACGCCCAGUCAUUGGUUUCAGCAAUGGACCAAUGUGAUCAAGCACGAGUGGAUUAUCAAGACCCGAGAACUCGCAAAGGCAGGGGUGGUAGCCACGCCAUUGGACUUUUUCAGUGAGGCGGAACUACAGGAAAUUGCGAAGAAAAGGAGAGAAAUCGAGACCUUCGGCCUUGGGGUUAGAAAACAUGCCGAGGAACAGGGAGGACAAGGGGCCGAGCAUGCUUAGGCACAGGACAUCAAUAGGGAUUAGAUGGUAAGUAUUGGACAUGAAUCUUGCUUUCUCAUUUGCAAAACAUUGGAACAAAAUGUGUAUAGUAUG